AUGACCGAGCCUGGCCAAACUCCUAUUCCCGAGGAGCCACCUAACGCAAUCCUGACCGACUCCCACCCGACUCCCGCUCGCGACGCCCGCGAUGACAACCUGGAAGCAUUAGAGCUCCAUGAGAUCCAAACGCGAGAAGACAAUGAGCUAGACUACUCAACCCCAUCAGGUUCAUCUGGCGACGAGAACCACGUGCCCACACAUCGAACUACGUCUCAACGGGAUUCCCGGCGGAGACGCGAAGCCCGCAAGGGCCUUUGGAGCCAGAUCUGUCGAUUCUGGACUCGAAAUGUUAGUAUAACUGUGCCGCAGAAGAGCAAUCGAGAUCACUUUGCCCUGGAAAGGACGUUCCUUGCGUACAUCCGCACGUCCAUGGUUAUCGCUAUGCAAGGGGUGCUUGUUGCUCAACUUUUCCGUCUACAACGGCCGUUGGAAACGGUCCAUCGCCUGUCAUUCUACCAUGUCGGUAUCCCGCUUGCGGUUGCCUGUCAUGCCGUGGCUGUUAUCGUCGCCUUGAUAGGUUCAUUCCGAUUCUGGAGACAACAAAAUGCUAUUGCUCGUGGCAAAGUUUAUGCUGGGGGGUGGGAAUUAAAUUCAGUGGGGAUUUUACUAUUCCUUGUCAUUGUGGCGACUUUGGUACUUACCGUGAUUAUCUUGAUUGAAACCAACUUGAGCCCCAGUGUUCUUUCUAAUCGAAUAUCAUGGCCUUGA